CAUACUUACAAAUCAUCAAUCCCUAUCGCAUCCCCGGCCUUUUAAUUAAACCACGCUUAGACCAACAUGUCUCCUUCUCUUUGCUCUUGUAAUUCUCAAUGGGGUCUCUUAAUUACCUUGCUCUUAGCCCCUCUAUUAGCAGCCGCUUUGAUGGUUGGCGCCCAUGGUGGCAACUUCUACCAAGACUUCGACAUCACUUGGGGCGAUGGUCGUGCUAAGAUCCUCGACGGUGGCCAGCUCGUGACGCUAUCGCUUGACAAGACCUCGGGAUCCGGUUUCCAAUCCAAGAACCAGUAUCUCUUUGGAAAGAUCGACAUGCAGAUCAAGCUCGUCCCUGGAAACUCCGCCGGCACCGUCACUGCUUAUUAUCUCUCAUCUCAAGGGCCGAAUCACGACGAGAUUGAUUUCGAAUUCCUCGGUAACCUCAGUGGAGACCCUUACAUCCUGCACACCAAUUUGUUCACCGAAGGGAAGGGAGACAGGGAGCAGCAAUUCUACCUCUGGUUUGAUCCUACCAAGGACUUCCACACCUACUCCGUCAUAUGGAACCCAUUGAAUGUCAUCUACUUGGUGGAUGGAAUUCCUAUCAGAGUUUUCAAGAACAAUGAGGCGAUUGGGGUGCCAUUCCCUGAGAAACAGCCCAUGAGGCUUUACUCGAGCCUGUGGGACGCCGAAGACUGGGCCACGAGAGGCGGGCUCGUCAAGACUGAUUGGAGUAAGGCGCCGUUCACUGCAUCAUUUCGGAAUUUUCAGGCAAAUGCAUGCAUUUGGUCGUCAGGAAAAUCUAGCUGUGGCCGGACAACCACUGGCUCAGGGCCUACCAGCAAUGGUUGGUUUGACCAAGAACUGGACGCAACAAGCCAGAGGUGGCUGAGAUGGGUGCGGAAGAACUACAUGGUCUACAACUACUGCACUGACGUGAAGCGCUUUCCUCAGGGCCUCCCACCUGAGUGCUUGCAUUCCUAAUUAUUCUCUUGGGCGGUCACAAGAGUUAAUUUCCAAAUUAAUUUAUACUUGUAAAAAAAAGUUUUUACACUGUAGUUAAUCAUACAUGCUGGGUGACUUUAAUUAUUCUGAUGUAAUAACGAUCAUACAUAUGAAUACGAUCGAAUGCUUUAUAAUUUUUUA